CGAAGACGAAGCCCGAGAUCUCAUGCGAAGCCCGAUGAAGUGCCGAUGCGAUUCCCCCCUUCCCAUUCUCGCCACAGCCACAUUUCUUAACCGCACCUUGUGUCUUGUUUCACCUCAAACAUUGCCGUCUGUGUGUAUGAGUACUUGAGGAAAAACAAGCUCUUCCUCUCUCUCCUGCGAGGCGCUGUUUUGAGGCGCCUCUUUGCCGUAACUUGCACUAUUUGUUUCUUGGUCUGGUUCUUCUCCGAGCUCAUUGGUCACUGAAGACGACGACGACAACGACGACGACCUAAUGAAUUAACUAUGACCAGCUUCGUGUAGGGUUAGGCUUCGACCGCCGUUUAGGUAUCUGCGACUGCGAGAGGUUGGACUUUGGAGCGUUUCAGACGAGGGAGUAUUAUUAUCCGGGUUGAUAUUUGGAGGUUGGUGCGCAGAUAUCGGUGUUCGAGUUUCGUGAAUGUGUGUGAUAGUCUACAACGGCCUUGGGUGUUGGUUCUGUUGGCAGUGAGUGUUAGUUCCGCAGGAGAUCGGAGAGGAUUGGUGCUACGACUGCGGGGACUAGGGUUUCGGUUUGAAGCACGUGUACAGGACUUGCUGGUGGAUUUGUGAAUAAGUUGGCGCGGUUAUACUACAGGAUCCAUGACGAGCGCGUUGGACAUGUCGUUGGACGACUUGAUAAAGUCGAACAAGACUGCCACGCAUGGCGGGAGAGGCGGUGGUCGAGGCGCAGCAGCUCCUGUGCCUCGGCGAGUUGGAGCGACUGCUGCUGCUGAAGAGGGCUACCCCGACAGUAGAAUGUCAGGGCCAGCCCGCAGACAAGUGACCCGGGCUACCGUCCGGCCGACGCCUUACGCGACCGCAAAGCCAGUCCGCCGCGCCAUGGAUUCACCUUGGCAACAUGACAUGUACGAAAACUUUGCCCCGGCUCCAUCUGCAAGUGUUAGAGGGACGGGAGGAAAUAUUGAGACGGGCACCAAAUUGUACAUAUCCAACCUUGAUCACGGAGUAUCGAACGAUGACAUCAAGGAACUGUUCGGGGAGGUUGGUGAUUUAAAGAGAUGUUCUAUUAACUAUGAUCGAAGUGGUCGUUCGAAGGGAACUGCGGAGGUGGUGUUCACAAGGAAACCCGAUGCUGUGAAUGCGAUGAGGAGAUACAAUAACGUUCAGCUGGACGGAAAGCCAAUGAAAAUUGAGAUGAUUGGAACAAAUUUAGUUGCUGCUCCAGUUCCAGCCAUUCGAUCCAGUGGAGCCAUGGCAUCACUUGCUGCUCGAGCACGUCAUCUUUCUUCCACAUCUUUGCCUUUUGCUCGAGGACCUGUAUCUGAUCGAGGCAGACCUGGUAGCAGUGCACUUCGGGGACGUGGUGGUGGAAGAAGUGCUGGUGGUGUCGGAGGUAGAGGCGAACGCAGAAGUGGCCCUGCUGUAGAGAAGUCCGCGGAAGACCUGGAUGCGGAGUUGGAAUCUUAUCAUGCAGAAGCUAUGCAAACAAAUUAGGCUCAAGCAAAAGAAAGGACUAUGCUUUCGUCUGGACUAGCUGUUUGACUAGUCAUUUUAAUUUUGCGCAUGACAUAACCUUCAGUUUCUAAAUAUCAGUUGCUGAUCGUGGGGUAUGGUUUUUGGGCUUAGCGAUAUCAUUCUUAUGAUCCCUAACGUAUCUAGUGUAGAGAAUUCUAGUGAUGUUUCAUGCUCUUCCCUAGUUUCACUUCAGCUGUACCAUGAACAAUAUUUCAUGGUAUUGGCUCAUCUAGAAGAUACAGCUGUGUUAUCUUGGGCUUCAUCCAUUACCCAGGCAUGUGGAGGUUGUGGUUUUGAUGGAGUUUUAUCUUAUGAACUUCCCAUUUUGUUCCCUGUCA